AUGCAGAAACGCCAAGAAUCAGGAGAUGCCUUAUCCACACCCACUCCAUCGAGUACAGCAUUCCUCAAAAUUGCUUUAUUCGAAAAGCCAUCACAGUUCAACGUACGCGAUGUCCCACCGGCUGCUGCGCCAAUUUCCUUCACUCAGCAACAGCUGCAACAACUGCAGCAACUGCAACAGCAAUUGCCGCAACUUUAUCAGGUGUCGAACGAUGGUGGACAGAGGCGGAGUGUGAUUGCGAAGCAAAAAUGGACAGACGAAGUACCGCAAAAAAAGUACGGUUUUUUGCCAAAAAAGUACGGUGUUGGCAUUUGCUUAUUGAGCUACUUGUGA